AUGUCGUUGCAUGUGCUGCUCUGUGUCUGCCACAUUAUCACAUUUUUCAACGCGCAAAAAUCGUUUUGCGAGUUCUGCGGUCUCUUCAAUAUACGCUAUGUGGAGAAGACCCAUAGUUUUGCCAAUGCACAGCAAGUAGUGACCUAUUUAGUCUGCAUCAUUGCUACCUUUUCGAUAUUAUUUUGUUACAUUUUUCGGGAGAGUAUGAAUACCGACAGGUAUACUUUUCAAUUAUACGUGCUGACUGGCUUGGUAUUUCUUAUAUCGCGGCCCUAUCUGCUGGACGUGCUUAAUCAGAUGAUUCAGGUCCAUCGCUUUCUGGAAAUGGCUUUGGGCGAGUUGAUGUGCACAUCUGUCGUGCGCGCCUCCAUUUGGGCCUACGUCUUUACGGGGGAACUAAUAAUGAUCUUAUACUGGCAACUAUCGACGUAUAACGCCAUGGGGAGGUGUCUCCUGUUUUUCGUCCUCUUAUUCCAUUAUCUACAGAUGAUGUUGCAUGUGAAUUGCUACCUUUGGCUCACAUGCCUGCAUGUGGCUAUGAAUCGGGUCUUCACCGAAUUGCUGACCUAUAAGCAACGCCUCAAGAUGUUACGCCUAGUGCUGUGUGCGCAGCCAUCGUUACGCAGAAUCGAAGAGGCCAUGCAAAAAUAUUUUAAUUACUACAUUACAAUGUCUUUGGUGGAGAUUCGCUAUGUUAGCAAUCAGUUGGUCCUAUUAGCAACGCUAUUAUUAGUGGCUAGGGAGUUUAGUAAGGAGCGGAGGCUCUUCGAACAAAAUUUGUGGCUACUAAUAAAUAAGCCACAUGAUUUCUAUCGACGCCUACAGGAUUACAAGUUUUUCAAGCCGUACAUAAAACGUCUAGACCGCAGACUGGACAUAGUGGAUUUUAUGGUAUGCAUAUCAGCCACACAUUGA